AUGAAUAUGAAUUCUACUGUAGUGUAUAAUGACCUCGCGCACCCGCCUACUACAUUCAUUGAACCAAAGUAUCAGUUCCGCACUGCUGACGGUUCAAACAACAACCGUGAUAUCCCUGACCUCGGUAAAGCUGGUACACCUUAUGCACGUUCCGUGCAGCAGUCAAACCCCUUACCACGGAACCAAAUGCCCGAUGCUGGUCUGGUAUUCGAUACCUUGCUUCGCAGAGAGAAGUUCGUCAAACAUCCCGCGGGCCUGUCUGCAUUAAUGUUCUCCUUUGCAGCACUCGUCAUUCACAGCGUCUUCCGCACAGAUCAUACUCCCGGCAAGGGACAUAUUAACAUGACUUCGAGUUACGUUGACCUCGCUCCUCUGUACGGAAAUGACCAGGAAACGCAGGAUAAGGCUCAAGGAGGACGCGGCUUACUUCGCCCUGAUGUGUUCGCUGAGGAUCGGCUCCUUUUCCUCCCUCCCACGGUGGGUGUGCUCUUGGUGUUGUUCAACAGGAAUCACAAUUACAUUGCCCGUCGGUUGCUCGAGAUCAACGAACGAGGCACUUGGAAGGAUCCUGCCCAACACUCUGUCAGUCAAGCUCAGCUCGAUAAGCAAGAUGAGGAAAUCUUCCAAAUCGCACGCCUAAACAACUGUGCAUGGUUUGCAGCCAUUGUUUUCUCUGACUACUUUUCGUGCAUUUUGGGCAUCGUGCGACAAGGAUCAAGCUGGAGUCUUGAGCCAUUCGACGAAAUUCGUAACAAUGAUCAUCAGAUCUUCGAGCGCGGUCGUGGUAAUGCUUGCAGUGUUGAAUUCAAUUGCUUGUACAGAUGGCAUGCCACGACAUCUGUUGAAGAUGAAGAGUGGCUUACUCUUCAGUUCCAGCAACUUUUCCCUACUAAGAACCCUGAGGAGAUCACCUUAAAAGAUUUCUAUCAAGCUGCAGCACAGCUUGAGGACAUGGAGAUGAGGAUGCAUCUUGAUAAAUGGACAUUCGGGAACCUCCAGCGUCAGACCGAAGGUCCUAACGCGAGUGCGUUCAAGGACUCCGACCUUGCGAAUUACCUUAUGACCGCUACUUCACAACAUGCUGCUGCCUUCGGUGCUCGUGGUACACCCUCAAUAAUGCGUCUCCAUGAGAUCAUGGGUAUCGAAGCUAACCGAUCAUGGGGUGUUUGCUCGCUCAAUGACUAUAGGAAGUUCCUUGGUUUGAAAACAUACUCCAGUUUCUUGGAAUGGAACCGCAACCACGAGAUUGCUGAAGCCGCAGAGAAGCUUUAUGGUCACAUUGACAACUUGGAGCUGUACGCUGGUAUCCAGGCUGAGGAAACCAAGCCUCUUAGGAAGGGCACAGGACUCUGCCCAGGCUACACUAUUUCUCGUGCCAUCCUUUCAGAUGCCAUCGCCCUGACUCGUGGUGACCGUUUCUUCACACAGGACUUCACGCCAUACAAUAUGACUGCAUGGGGCUUCGCUGACUGCCAGCGAGACCCUGACGGCUAUGGAUUCGGUUCUACACUUGGUCGUCUCCUUCUUCGUACCUUGCCCAACGAUUACACUGCAGAUAGCGUCUAUACGUGGUUUCCUUUCAUGCACCCAGAGCCUAUGGAGGGUUACUUGAAGGACCUUGGCAAGCUCGACGGAUACACUCUUGCACGGCCAAAGCCUCGUGGACCUUGUACCAAUGUGACCAAUUAUGCGGAGGUUGGCCAUGUGCUUCGCAACACUACAAAAUUUAUGCCUGAGUACGUUGAGCGUGCAGCAGAGGUCAUCAAGGGCGAGGGCUUCUUUGCGGCAUCUGAAAAUGGCAUUGAAGAGCAGAAGCAGUGCAUCAGCGCGCUUGCUCCUUCUUCGGAAGCCAUCUCUAAGAUCGGCACCUAUUUCUACAACAAGACCAAGGAACUGAUUGAGCAACAUUCGUUCUCCCUGGUCGGCGAGAAGACUUGUGCUAUCAACAUCGUUCGAGAUGUGCUGAAGGUUGUGCCAUUGUCCUGGGCUGCUACUGAAGUUGCUGGCAUUCCCCUCAAAACGAAGCAACGUCCUGACGGUGUCUUCACCGAGUCUCAGCUGUUCGAUAUGCUUUCUGAGAUUUACCAAUUCAUCUUCCUCGAGGUUGAGGCAGCAAAGUACAUGGCUUUGAAGCGGAGGGUUAAGGACCAUGUGCAAGAACUGGCGCGCCUUAUCGAGAAGGCUCUUGGAAGUGCCCAGAGCAGAAUGUCUCUCGCUGGACUGUUUGACACAUUGUCUAGUUUCUUUGGUGGUAAGAACCAAAAUGAGAUUGUUAAACGCUUGUUCGAGCUUGGUUAUUCCACCGAGCGAGUUGUAAACUCGAUCCUUGCGUUAUUGAUCGGCGCCACUGUCGAGAUGUCUCUUGCUUUGACAAACGUCGUCAACCAGCUUCUUGAUUCGGAGAAGUCAGGGGAUACCAGAGACCUUUCCAGUUUAGCUGCCUAUACUAUCGAGGCCCUCAGAAUCGACCCACCUUUCGCUGGUGUCUACCAUAUCGCGAAGCAGGAUGAAACCAUAGGCUCUCUGACCGUCAAGCAAGGUGAACGCCUGUUCGUGGAUGUUGCCACUGCAAAUACGAACGAGGAUGCCUUCCACAACCCAACAAUCUUGGAUACUACGGGCACUCCUCGUGAGCGCUAUCUUUGUGGCGACGGUUGUUUCAAGGUUCUUGGGGAGGGCCUUGCUUCGACGAUCAUCGCUGAAGUCCUCCGCGGCAUUCUCUCAUUCGAUAAUGUUCGUCGCGGCCCUGGCCAGUCAGGAGAUCUCCCUCGGUUUGAAGAUAAUACACUCCCCGUGCUGCGCUAUGCAUAUCUUAACGAGAAGAUGUUGCCUAGCGCGUGGCCGACAUCGAUGGUCAUCAACUACGACGUUCCUGCAUGA